AGCGCCGCGUGCCGUUUGGGGCAGGUGGAGACUUCACGUCCCCGCCUCCCCCUCUCCCGGCUCCCCUUCCCCUACAAGCCUGCCCCGCAGGUCAACAACCUUUCCACAUCGUCGCCUUCCUCCCGUAGUGGCGUGACGCCGUAGUGCGCCUCCUAUAUAGAGUGACGCGCGGGUGCGGGUCUCUGCAGCCAAGAAAGAGAGGGACACCGGACACGCACGCACAGACGAGGGGGCAAGCCACGCAGGGCGAGUGGAGCUAGCGUGAUCUUGCGUUGCCUUUGCUUGUGCUGCGGAGAAGCGGCGGGUGGUGCACGGCUGCACGUAGCUGCCGCGGUUGGAGUUUGGCCAUGGCGGAUCACCAGAGGAUCCACCCGGUGGACCUGGAGGCCGGGCAGAGGCCGUCGGCGCCGCUGGUGCCGGGGGGCUCGUUCCGGUCGGACAAGGGCGACCCGGCGCAGCGCGCGGACCACCAACAACGAACGCGGGGCCACGGCUACCUGCCGCCGCCGCCGCGCCUCGUAGCGCCACCGGUGCCGCUGCCACCGCCGAAGCGGCGCCGCGGGUGCUGUUGCCGAUUCCUCUGCUGCAUAGUGGUGACCGUCGUCGUGCUCGCCGUGCUCGCCGCGGCGGCUGUCGGCGCGCUGUACCUGGCGUUCGACCCCAAGGCGCCCCGGUACUCGGUGGACCGCCUCUCCGUCUCCGCGUUCCAGGUCGACCCCAUGAUGACGGCGCGGGCCCGGUUCGACGUGACCGUGACGGCGGUGAACCCGAACGCGCGCAUCGGCAUCUACUACGAGGCCGGGUCCAGCCUGAGCGUGUGGUACGAGUCCUACAGCCUGGCCCAGGGCGCGCUGCCGGCGUUCUACCAGGGCCACCGCAACACGACGGUGCUGGCCCUGGCAAUGGGCGGGGAGGUGCAGCUCGGGAGCGUGGUGAUGACCGCGCUGCAGGACGCGCAGCGGACGGGCGCCGUGCCGCUGGUGUUCCGCGCCGACGUGCCGGUCCGGGUGGAGCUCGGCAGCUUCAAGCUGUGGAAGGUGACGUCCAAGGUGCGGUGCGACCUCGUCGUGGACAGGCUCAUGGAUGUGAACAGCCCCAUCAAGAUCAAGGCCAGCAACUGCAAGUUCAGCUUGAAGCUGUGAAUUGUAGUUGAUUGCUUCCUUCUCGAUUUCUUCGGGUUCUCGGAUUCUUUUGGCAGAGUGCAUAUUUGCAUAGGCGCACUCCAGCCCACUCCGUCGUGUUCAUCUUUUGUACAGAUGAUAUAUUAUUGCUAGAGGAAUAAUAUGCACGAUUAGAUCUUUA